AUGGAGACCGACUUGACAAACCCCAUCCUGGACGCCCUGUCCGCCUCCGAUGCGCCCAUCCUCGCCAGCAAAGCCUUCCCCUCCAUCCCCUCAUUGAAGGUCAAAAGUGCGCUCGACCGCCUUGGCUCCCGGCAGAUGGUCGAUUGGAAGGCUCUGGAGAAGGAAAUUGUUACCCUUACCAAGGAAGGUGAGGAGAUUGCCGCCAAUGGUAGUCAUGAGGCCAAGGUCUUCGCCGCCGUCGUUGCUGCCAUGGAUGGGUUAAAGAUUGCCGACCUGCCCAACAUUGUGGGCAAGGACAACGCCAAAGUCGGUCAGGGAAAUGCCUUCAAGCGUGGCUGGAUCAAGAAGGACAAGGACCUGCUGCGGGCAUCCACAGAAUCAAUUGUCGACGAGACGCAACAAAUCUUGAUCGGAGUUCAAAAAACAAAGGCCCUGAGCGACGCAAAGGCCCUGCAGGACCUGAAACGAAGAAAGCUUGUCUCUCUUGCCAAGGAGCAUGACUAUGAAAUCUUCAAGGGCCCCAAGUAUGCCCGGGAAUUCGUCAAGGAGGAGACCGAUCUCACCCCGGAGAUGAUUGCCAGCGGCUCGUGGAAGACCACGGCCUUCAAGUCCAAGAACUUCAACGCAAAGGGUGCAAUUACCCCGUCUGGUACCUUCCACCCGCUGAACAAGGUGCGACAAGAAUUCCGCAACAUCUUCUUCGAAAUGGGCUUCGAGGAGAUGCCUACCAACCGCUUCGUGGAAACUGGUUUCUGGAACUUCGACGCCCUUUUCGUGCCCCAGCAACACCCUGCCCGUGAUCUUCAGGACACUUUCUAUAUCUCCGACCCUGCCGUGGCCGACGGUCCCCGCGCAGACGCCCCGAACGACCCUCACUGCCCCAAGUCAAAGGAUGGUGAGAAGCCCCUCGAUUACCAAGAGUACUGGGACAACGUCCGCGAGGUCCACGAGCACGGCAAGUUCGGCUCCAUCGGCUACCGUUACCCCUGGAGCGCGGAUGAGUCUCUCCGCCUCGUGCUCCGCACUCACACCACCUCCAUCUCAACCUACAUGCUGCACAAGUUGGCUGCCAACCCUCGGCCAGCUCGCUACUUCAGUAUCGAUCGUGUCUUCCGUAACGAGGCAGUCGAUGCUACUCACUUGGCUGAGUUCCACCAGAUUGAAGGUGUUAUCGCCGACUUCGGUCUGACUCUUGGUGGUCUGAUUGGUUUCAUGGAAGUCUUCUUCGCCAAGAUGGGUAUCCACCAGCUGCGCUUCAAGCCUGCUUACAACCCAUACACCGAGCCCAGCAUGGAGAUUUUCGGCUACCACGCCGGUUUGGGCAAAUGGGUUGAGAUCGGUAACAGUGGUAUGUUCCGGCCGGAGAUGCUGGAGUCCAUGGGUCUUCCCAAGGGCCUGAGAGUCUACGGAUGGGGAUUGAGUCUGGAAAGACCUACUAUGAUCAAGUAUGCUGUCAGCAAUAUCCGUGAGCUCCUUGGCCACAAGGUCGAUCUCAACUUCAUUGAGAGCAACCCGGCUGUCCGCCUCGAGAAGGACUAA